AUGGCCCUGAAGAGGAUCAACAAAGAGUUGCAGGAUCUCCAACGCGAUCCGCCCACAAACUGCAGCGCUGGCCCCGUUGGCGACGAUCUCUUCCACUGGACGGCUACCAUCAUGGGACCGCCUGACAGCCCGUACCAGGGUGGCGUCUUCUUCCUGAACAUUCACUUCCCCACAGACUACCCCUUCAAGCCUCCCAAAGUCAGCUUCACAACCAAGAUCUAUCACCCCAACGUCAACGGCAACGGUAGCAUCUGCCUCGACAUUCUCAAGGAUCAGUGGAGCCCUGCCCUGACCAUCUCGAAAGUCUUGCUCUCCAUCUGCUCUCUGCUUACCGAUCCCAACCCAGAUGAUCCCCUCGUGCCCGAGAUCGCCCACAUCUACAAAACCGAUAGGUCGAGGUAUGAAAACACGGCUCGGGAAUGGACGCGCAAGUACGCCAUGUAA